CGCCUCAGCCCCGCCUUCCCGGCUUAGUCCCAGUUCUCAGCUGCAUUUUUGGUUCGGCGUUCAGAUCCUCUGCUGCUCUGGCUCCAGUGCCCAGCCACGUCCCCGCAAGAGGAAAGCUGAAUCUCUGCUGGCUAUCGGAAGCCGCGACCACCUCCGUGCCAGCACCCUCACUUCCCCCACCUCCUUGGUCGCCCCCAGAACGAGUCCCCGAGUCCCUCUGGACGGAAACGGAAAUGCGUGUCGGCGGGAUGAUGGCGACUUUUGCCGACUUGCCGGACUCUGUCCUGUUGGAGAUCUUCUCUUACCUCCCGGUCCGGGACCGGAUCCGCAUCUCCAGGGUCUGUCACCGCUGGAAGAGGCUGGUGGACGACCGGUGGCUGUGGCGACAUGUCGACCUGACGCUCUACACGGUAUGCGGGGCUGGCCGGGAAGGCCUGGGCCUCGAUGCGGCCAAAAGUCAUGUGGCAUCUCCUUCGCCGGUACAUGGCCUCCCGGCUCCAUUCCCUGCGGAUGGGUGGCUACCUGUUCUCAGGCUCCCAGGCUCCCCAGCUGUCCCCUGCCCUGAUGAGAGCCCUGGGCCAGAAGUGCCCCAACCUGAAGCGCCUCUGCCUACAUGUGGCCAACCUGAGCAUGGUGCCCAUCACCAGCCUGCCCAGCACCCUGAGGACCCUGGAGUUGCACAGCUGUGAAAUCUCCAUGGCCUGGCUCCUGAAAGAGCAGGACCCUACUGUGCUGCCCCUGCUUGAGUGCAUUGUGCUGGACCGCGUCCCCGCCUUCCGAGACGAGCACCUGCAGGGCCUGACGCGCUUCCGGGCCCUGCGCUCUCUAGUGCUAGGUGGCACCUACCGUGUGACUGAGACGGGGCUAGAUAUGGGCCUGCAGGAGCUGAGCUACCUGCAGAGGCUGGAGGUGCUGGGCUGCACCCUCUCGGCCGACAGCACCCUCCUGGCCAUCAGCCGCCACCUCCGAGAUGUGCGGAAGAUCCGGCUGACCGUGAGGGGCCUCUCUGCCCCCGGCCUGGCGGUCCUGGAGGGCAUGCCAGCCCUGGAGAGUCUCUGCCUGCUGGGGCCGCUCAUCACCCCGGAAAUGCCGACCCCGGCUGAAAUUCUCUCCUCCUGCCUCACCAUGCCCAAGCUCAGGGUCCUUGAGCUUCAGGGACUAGGCUGGGAGGGUCAGGAGGCCGAGAAGAUCCUGUGUAAGGGACUGCCCCACUGUAUGGUCAUCGUCAGGGCCUGCCCCAAAGAGUCCAUGGACUGGUGGAUGUGACUGCACUACCCUGUCCCUGGGACCCCUCUCAGCUUUUCUUAAUGAGCCCCAGACCCUCUGAGUAGCACCUCGUGGUGGCAGCUAAUCAGGCUGGAGAGGCCUGAAAGCCACAGGUAGAGAGAACCCAGACCUUGGCACCCUCAGAUCGUUGGAAUCAUUUGCCAGCUGCGUGGCCUCUGUGACAUCAGCCAGCCUCUCGGAGGCCCGGUCCUCACAUCCAGAAAUGAGGAAGACCAUAGCUACCUCAUGGUUAUGUUGCUAAGCCUUACUCUUGAUCAGCCUUGGGCUUUGAGGAGGCCCUCCAUGAAGGGCUGUUCUCAGGAACAGGAUGGAUACAGAAGGGUGGCCUAGGAGUCAGGGAGGCCUGAGGGCCCAAGGCCCCUUAGGAAGCCUGGAAGGGCAGUCUAUGCACAAGCACCCACACACUGACACACUAUAGACAUGCCGACACGCCACUAACACGCUGACACGCCAUCGAUAGAACUACACUUGCACGCAGGAGACACGGAGACAAGGGAAGGUGCACCUCAUGCUUUGAUAAUCAGAAUGUUAAUAAUGGAUCUAAGUUGUACUUUCUGUAUUUUGUAUUCAAACUUUUCCAAGUUUUCCCCGUUAUAUAUUACUAUGCUAUUAAAGAAAAAUAAUCGUGUUUUUCAAAAAA